AUGCAGCGGGUUACGGAGCCGUUCGACCUCGGCCGUCUGGGUAGCGGCUGGCGAACGGGGGGGCAGGGAGGUUUCGCGGUCCUGGAGAAGGAGAUUGAGGUGUCGCCGAACGAUGACCGCAAGUAUCGGCUCAUCGUCUUGCGGAACGGCCUUAAGGCACUCCUCAUCUCCGACGCGCAGACGGACAAAGCCGCGGCCGCACUCGGCGUCCAAGUCGGCCACCUGAACGACCCAGACGACCUGCCAGGCCUUGCGCACUUCUGCGAGCACAUGCUCUUCCUCGGCACGGAGAAGUACCCCGAGGAGGCCGAGUACAAGACCUACCUCUCGCGAAACGCCGGCUCGAGCAACGCGUACACCUCGCUCGCUGAGACGGUCUACCAUUUCGACUGCUCGCCCGCUAGCCUGCCUGGCGCCCUCUCCCGUCACGCACAGUUCUUCACCUCGCCUCUUUUCGACGCCUCCUGCACAGAACGGGAGCUCAAUGCCGUCGACUCCGAGUUUCGAAGAAACUUGCAGCUUGACACUCGACGACUGUUCCAGCUGGGCAAGGCGACGAGCUCGCGCGAGGAAGGUUCGGUUUACUGGAAAUUCGGGACGGGGAGUAAAGAGUCGCUUUGGGAGGAGCCAAGAGCGCGAGGUGUUGACGUGCGGGAUCGACUGCUCGAGUGGUACUCGAAGCACUACUCCGCCAACCUGAUGAGCCUUGUCGUGCUGGGGAAUCAGUCGCUUGACGAGCUCACCCAACUCGUCCUGCAAGAGUACUCCGACAUCCCGAACUCGAACCUCGAAGCAACUCGGUUCACCGUCCCGCCCAUCUCGCCGGCAAUCGCUGGCCAGCAGAUCUCGUACCGCACGGUCAAGGACACUCCCAAGCUCCGUAUCGAGUUUGGCAUGCCCGACCUGCGACGGCACUGGCGGACCAAACCUGGGCGCUUCUUGUCGCACUAUCUCGGUCACGAAGGCGAAGGCUCAGUUCUCGCCGUACUGAAGUCGCUCGGCUGGGCAACCUCGCUCUCAGCGUCGUCGGGCGGCGGUGCCCGCGGCUUUGAUUUCUUCCGAGUCGAGAUCAGCCUGACCGCCACGGGUCUUCAGCACCACAAGGAGGCGAUCGCACUCGUCUUCCGCUACGUCGAGCUGCUCAAGUUGACGCCGCCGCAGCGCUGGGCAUUCGACGAGAUGCAGCAGCUCGGCAAGAUCGACUGGCGGUGGAAGGAGAAGGGUCAGCCGCAAUCCACCACCCGCAACCUUGCGAGCCAGAUGGGCGAGACGCUGUACGACCCCGACAGGCUGCUCGUCGGUCCUUGGUUCUCGACCGAGUGGGACGAGUCGCUCAUCAAGGAGACGUUGGGACACCUGCGGGCGGACAACUGUCGCGUGCUUGUCGGCUCGAAGGACCCGCUCCCGGGUCGCGAGUUCUGGACGGAGCGGGAGAAGUACUACGGGACCGAAUACGACGUCUCCCCCCUCGACAUCGACUCACUCGCUUCGUCCGAAGCUUCAAGUCUAGCUCUUCCCGGCCGCAACAUCUUCGUGCCGGAGAAACUCGACCUCCUGCGAGACAAGCCGUCGCCCGAGCCGGCACUGCGACCAAGCCUGAUCCGCAAGACUCCCCGCUCCCGGCUGUUCUUCAAGGCAGACGACCGAUGGUGUAUCCCCAAGGGCAGCACCUUUUUCAUCUUCCGCUCGGCGAUCGCCGACACUUCGCCACGCAACGCCAUUCUCACCCAGCUCUUCACCUCCCUCAUCGAAGAAAGCCUUACCAAGUUUUCGUACGACGCAACUCUCGCCGGCCUGCACUACGCCUUCGGUACAGAAUCCGGCGGAUUCUCCCUCAUUGUCUCCGGCUAUACCGAGAAGCUGCCCUUACUCGCCUCCGUUGUCCUCGACACGGCCAAGGACUUCCAGAUCGCCGACAAGGAUUUCGAGAUUGUGCAUGACCGUUUGACGCGCGCUUACGCCAACGCAAAGUUGUCAAACCCGUCUGGACUCGCCGAUGCCGAGGUCCGCCGGCUGACGAGGCAGACGUACUGGACCUGGGACGAACGCCUCGAAGCCCUUCAAGGUGUCACGCUUGCCGACGUUCGUCAGCAUGCUCAGCAACUUCUUGCGAAGUACUCGCUCGACGCCUUGAUUACGGGCAACUUCGCCGCUACUGAUGCCGUCAAGAUGGUUGAAACCCUCGAGGGCAAGCUGGACGCUCAGCCGGCCGACUCUUCCGAGACCGACUACCAUCGCGCCCUCAAGCUUCCGCCCGGAUCGUCGACCGUCUACCGACCUCUCGUACCGUCGCCGGAGAAUGUUAACUCGGCAGUCUCGGCAUACUACGACGUAGGGCCGGCCAGCGACCAUGAGCUGCUCGCCAAGCUCUCGCUUUUCGCCCAACUCGCCAAAGUUCCCGUCUUCUCGACACUCCGCACAAAGGAGCAGCUCGGCUACAUUGUCUCCUCCGGCUCGUGGGUCACGAACGCCUACGCCGGCUUCCGCGUGGUUGUCCAGUCGGAGCGGUCGCCGGAAUACGUCGACGAGCGGAUCGACGCGUUGUGGUCGACUUUCGCCGAGCGUGUGCAGGGCAUGAGCGACGAAGAGUUCGAGAAGGAGCGCGAGAGCUUGGUGCACAAGCUGUUCGAGAAACCGAAAACGCUCGGCCAGGAGUCAAACCGGUACUGGGCCGAGGUAUCCACGGGCGAGCUCGACUUCGGCUACCGUCAACGCCAGGCCAAGCUCGUUCGACAGCUCUCGCAGACCGACAUCCUCGCCUUCUUCGACCGCUUCAUCUCGCCUUCGUCAACAUCACGGACUAAACUUGCCAUCCUGUAUCGCUCUCAGCGACUCCAGCCUGCGGACUUGUCGCCACUUCUCAAAGCCGUCAAAGCUGCGGCGCCGGACAAGGCGGACGAGGUCUUGACAUUCGCGCAAACGAAGCCCACACUUGCACAACUCGAGGCGUUCGUCAAGGAGGGAUGUUCGAACGACUCGGCGGUACUUGCUGCCCUCGAGCGCAUCAAGGAGCCGCGGCCAUUGCCGGAGGGGACGAAGGAGUUGCGUGAAGAGGACAUCGAGCCGUUCCGCCGAGGUCUCGAGCGCGCAGAGGGUUAUCGGCCGGUGUCGAACGACGAGGAGUUGCAGGCAGCGGCGCAUCUGUAG